UGACCUAUACGCAUUCCGCCUACACAUUCAGGGCCGCCAUCAGGAACUUUGGGGCCCCGUACAAGGCCCCCCCCAUGAACACAAGUACAAGGUGCCAGUAUUUUGGCCCCCGCUACACAGAAGCUUGCAGAAACAAAACAAGUGAACAAUGCAGCCAGAGCCAAUAAUCCUACACCAGGGAAUUGCUAUGAAAUCCCCCCCUGAGAUGUUCUUCCUCCGCCUGAAUAUGUGGAAGGAGAGAUUUUUUAUCCUAUGGAAGAAUUCCGAGUUCGAGUGUAACCUGGUUUAUUACGCGACAGACGGGACACGAAAGAGAAAGGGGGUGAUACCCAUCCGGGAGAUCAAAGAUAUCAUGAAGGGCCCAUCCUGCGACGCGGCCAAUAUCGCCCCCAUCCUGAUGCUGCACCUGUGUGACCCCGACAAUGUGCUGCUCGUUAUGACGAAAUGUCGGAAAUAUUAUCUGAUUAACAACGAUCAAGAGGAGAUAGAAGCUUGGUACCAGCACCUCAAAAUGGCCCGACUGUGGGAACAUCACCCCCAAGAACCUUCCCUCUCAACUCCUGUGCCAGAGACCAACCAGAAUGUAAAUCCUGCUCUUGGGGGCAAUUUGGGGCAAGAAGAGAUUCCAUGUUCCCUGUGUAUUACGGCUGCUUGUUUGUCUCCCGCGCAGGAAGCCAGAAACCCCCCCGCACGUUGCCCCAACCUGUGUGAUCUAUGGGCCCCGUUACACAAGCAGAGCAUCCCGCGGGGCCACACCGUAAAGCAGGAGAGGCCAUGCACCUACCCCAGCGCUCAGAGGAAGACCGGCCACAGGAACAAUCGCUCAAACACCAACCCAGGAAACCUCGGGCGCCCCAUGUAUGGACCCCUAUUGCCAAUGUUAUCCAAUGCCUUUCAGAGCUCAGGGAAGGAGGCAGUCGGCGCGGCGCAGUCGGAUUCUGAUAGUGACACAAGCGAAUCGGACCCCCAGGAGAACAGCGAGCCUGACAGUGACCAGGAGCAGGGGAAACCCAUACGAGGAGCGAGUAUGAAAAAAAAUACCUUCCAGAAGAAAAAAGUGAUUGUGUCCACGGAGGAGCUGAAAAAACACUUUGAUGUUGGAGAAUGUUUAUACGUCAGGAAGUGGAAUCCCACCAGUGAUGCCGGGGACUUUAACCAGGGGGAUCUCAUUUACUCCAUCAAUGGCUUCAGGCUGAAUAGCCGCCAAAUGCUCUUCAACCUGCUGCGGUGCUGCACCGAAGAAGAGGUGACCCUCACCGUGCUCCGUAGCAGAAUGGCGCCUUUCUUCCACACAAUGGGCUGCUCCUGCACCCCUGACCCUAAUGCUGAGCUGUUCCAUUGACUUCCAUGGCUUGGGCGCCCCUAAAGGAGCCGAGGAAGCCAAGCUGGAUAUCCAUAGGCCCCAUCGCUGCGGGGUCUCUAGGGGGCAAGUCAGGCAGGAACAGCCUCCUUUAUCAACAUGGGACCAAGGCGACCGGUUCCGCUCAUUGUUACUCUCCUCUCUGUGCUGCUUCUUUGUCUGAGAAGAUCAUUUCUACAUCUGUUCUGAUUCUGGAAUAGGGUCGGAAGCCAUUUGGCCACUUUGGCCGGUAUUUAUUAUCAGCAAUGGAAUGGGGGAGGGAAAAAUGGGGGAAGUGGGUAACAACACAAAUGGUUAAAUACUAGUCCUCUCUAUCCUUAACCCUUUAUUAUCACUAAUUCAGCCCAUUGGGCCACUCUUACCGGCUGUGUGGAUCCAGCACUGAGCAAAGGAACCGGCGGAACCACAACUGUCUGCACUUGCACUUUUUGGUGGCGAUGAGCACAAGAGCUUGCACUUAAUCACUCAGGCAUUUGUAUCUCGUUAUCCGUUUACACUAUAAAGCCGAUGAUACAAAGAUUGUUUUACAUAUAUUCAUAGUUUCCAUGCAGCCUUGCAGCAGUGUGGUAAAGCGAGCGCCUAUACACAGAACUCAAUGUUGCCCAAUCCUUUUGGAGCAGAACCAGGAACAUGGAACCCAUUGUAUCUGCCUUUCCUACUUAUUAUCAACUAUAAAGGUCCCACUGAGGGAACUGCUGUACCUACUCGACCCAUCUGAAUGUAUGAGGCGGAUUUUAAUUAAAUAAUCCCCAAUAUUUUUCUCUUUUAUAUAUAUAUAUAUAAAAAAAAAAAAUUUUAUUCUGAGCCGUAAAUAUAUCCUUGGGGUAAUGGCACGUGGGGCUGUUUCAGGUCUAAAAAAUAUCUAGAAUAUUUGUAUUUUUUUAUAAGAUUUAGGUCUCAUUUAACUACUCUGUAGUAAAAUCCAUUGUGUAUAAUACUCCUUGGUGUAUAAAGUAGUUGCCAGUGGGCAAGUGAAAAUAGCAGGGGGCAGGAUGACUGGGGGGGUGCGGGGAGUUGUAGUUGCACAGGUUGGUGCCCCCUGACUCUUCUGCUGUGCAGUUCAUUAGUCAUGUGACUAAGGUGUCAGUACAUACACAUGUAUGAUCCUCAUUAUGUUUAUUCAUUUAUAUUUGAUAAUUUUUUUAUGUGAUUCUGUGACCCCCCCUCCUGUGAAAUAAACUUCUUUAAAUGAU